AUGACCUUCGUGACCACAGAGACAAUUGCGUUCUCAACGACAAUAUGUCCGGUCGCUGAAGCCGAAUGUACCCAUCAAACUACGGCUGUACAGACCGGUAACAGUGACUAUACAUCCACAGUCCUGAUAACACGUGAAAUCACCAUCACAUCCUGUGCCGCCACAGUCACGGACUGCCCGGCACGUUCUCAGACAACAUUUAUCAGCACCCAAACGCUCAUCGCAGGCACUACUGUUAUUCCGGCGCGGGAAACAGCAUCAAAGCCUGUCCCUACUGAAACAGUUGUGGCGACUACAAAUCCCGCCACCGGACUAGCGGAUACUGAAGUGACUGUGUCUGCGGGAAGUGGGGAAGUAAGCCCAACUACUGCCACAACAGCUUCCCCGGGAGAAAGGACAGGUACUCUAGGAUCGAGUGAUCAUUUCGCUGUCAGCUCUGAUAUCCAGACUUUGACAUCUUUCACCGAAGGUGCUAUUCCUACAUUUGCUGGUGAAGAGGAAAAAUACCAAACGACUGCCACAGCACCCAACAUGGCGGGCGAGACCGGUGCUUCUUCGACUGCCCCUGCCUAA